ACCUGCGGGCUCCGGCCCAUGGCUUCUCACUACGGCACGUUGCGCGUCGUGGGCGGCACAGAUGCCCAGCCAGGGGCCUGGCCCUGGAUCGUCAGCAUCCAGGAUCCUGGGAAAACAGGCACGGGGCAUAUAUGCGGAGGGUCCCUCAUCAGCCCACAGUGGGUCCUCACAGCAGCCCACUGCUUCAUCAAGGCUAGGCACAUCACCAUGUGGCGCGUGGUGAUCGGGGCCACUCGGUUGACUCAGCUGGGCCCCGAGGCCCAAGUGCGCAAUAUUAAGCGGCUCCUGGCUCACGAACACUACACUAGUAUCUCGGAGAGGAACGACAUUGCGUUGCUGGAAUUGGACCAGCCUGUCCAGUGCAGCUCCUACAUACAGCUUGCCUGCGUGCCUGACGCCUCGCUGAGAGUGUCAGAGAUGACAGCCUGCUACAUCAGUGGUUGGGGUUCCACGACUGCAAGAUCUGGAGGCUCGACUGAUGUCCUGCAGGAGGCCAAGGUCCGCCUCAUUGACGUCAACCUCUGCAACAGCAGCUGGUGGUACAGAGGGGCCAUCCACAGCCACAACUUGUGUGCCGGCUAUGCGCAGGGUGGCAUCGACACCUGCCAGGUGGGAGCGCGCUACAAGUCAAGCCCCAGCAGCACAGCCGCUCUUAAUCCUCCGCUGCAGGGUGACAGCGGUGGUCCUCUCGUCUGCAAAGACAACAACGCGGACUACUUCUGGCUUGUCGGAGUGACGAGCUGGGGGAAAGGCUGUGCCAGAGCAAAACAGCCCGGAGUCUACACCUCCACUCAGCACUUUUACGACUGGAUCUCGGUGCAGAUGGGCCUGCGCCCAGCAGUAACGGCUACUCCAGCGCCACGGCCAGGCUUCACCUCAACCCCCUUUCAGAGGCCGAGGCCAACACCAACGCAACCGGGCAGGUUUACGCCCUGCCCGUUUCCACGCCAGAAGCUGGUGGAAUUCUUUAAUGUGCUGCAGGAGCUCCUGCAGGUCCUGAGGGGAAAAAGGGCUUGA